AUGCCUACACCCUGGAAUAGAGGCAACGUACAUGCUCAAAGAGGCAGAGGUGGAUUUAGAGGUGGUGCCAAAGGCGGGAGAGGAGGACCCAAGUUACCUGCCGAGCUUAGAGAACAGAUAGAUACGAAAUACGGAUCAAAGUCGAGGAGAGGUGGAUUCCGACAUCAUGAUGAUCGAAGAGAUACUCGAGAAGACCGACGAGCUGGUCCGUCUAUCCAGGUGAGAGGCAGACCACCGCCUUCCCCAUCUGAUUCAGAAGACGAGAAGGAGGACGAAGAACCUGCUCCUCGACCUGCUAAGAAGGCUAAGACUAAACCUACGAAAGACGAGGAAGUACGUACGAAGAAAAAGAAGAAAUUACCUGAAUUGAGAUUACCAGAUGAGAUGGUCGGAGAUCAGGAGGAUCAGGAGAUCGAGUGGUUGGAAUAUAUCUUGAAGAAGGAGAAAGGAAAAGGAAAGGAGAUUGACGAUGAUGGUCUGGAUGACUUACUGGAUUUUGCGGAUGUGGUUGGACCCGGAGGGAUGGGAUUGAAGAGAGAUGGGGAGGAUGAGAGCGAUUUGGAGCAGGAUGAUGAAGACGACGAUGAUAGCGAUGACGAUGAUAGGAUGGAUCUGGAUGGUCUAGAUGAAGACGACGAUUUGAGAGAAGAUGAUGACGAAGAGGACGAUGAGGGGAGCGAAGUAGAUAAGGACGGUGAAUCGAAUGAAGAUGUAAAUCUUGAUGGAGAAACGUCAGAAGAUGAACCUGGCGUUGAGGACGAUGUCAAACAACCAGAAGAUAAUGCGACAAAUACGGCUGCCAGUAUUGGUGACACCACUAGUGAUGCCGCGGCUCCCACCAAAUAUGUUCCACCACAUUUGCGGGCAGCUCAACUGGAAGAGAAUGCUAAAGGCAACAAGCAGAAAGCCGAAGAGUUGAUCAAAUUGGAGAGGAAAGCACAAGGUCUGCUGAACAAAUUGAGUGAAGCAAAUCUUGAGAGUAUUUUAGGUGAAAUUGAAUCGUUAUAUAGAGGACAUAGUAGAAAUGAUGUUUCCACCACCUUGACCAAUCUAAUCAUACAGAUGAUAUCCAACAAAGCGAAUUUACUCGACUCGUUUGUCGUGCUUUAUGCGACGUUGGUGGGAGCCUUACAUAGAGUCAUAGGGAUGGAAUUCGGUGCCCAUUUCGUUCAUACACUCAUCAUGCGAUAUCAGUCCGCUCUCACCGGUUCCUCGACCAAUGAGACUAAGCUCGAGGCCAAUAUUUACGAAACUCCCGACGGGUCCAAAGAGGCUCUCAACUUAUUAACGCUUAUAGCGGAAUUGUAUAACGCUCAAGUGAUAGGCUCCAAAUUGAUAUAUGAUCUGAUCAAGGGUUUCUUAGAAGGUGGUAAUGAGAAAGAAGGAAAAGAAGUGAUGAGUGAACGAGCGACAGAAGGGCUGUUGAAGGUAUUGAGAUGUUCUGGUGCUCAGUUGCGGACCGACGAUCCUGCUUCUUUGAAAGAUAUUGUCAAUCUGGUGCAGGAGAGGACAAAAGGCAAGGAAAAGUCUAUGACUGCAAGAGCCAGGUUUAUGGUUGAGACUCUGACGAACGUCAAAAACGGGAAGAUCAAGUCGAUUCAAAACUCAGAAGGUGGUAAUGAAGCUGCAACGAGGAUGAAGAAGUUCUUGUCAGGUCUAGGCAAGCAGAGACGUUUGCUUGCGUAUGAGCCAUUGAGGGUCUCGUUAUCCGAUCUGCUAUCAGCAAACAAAAAAGGUAAAUGGUGGUUAGUUGGUGCAGGUUGGUCCGGGAAUCCUUUGGUGGAGAGGGAACAAGCCUUAGCAUCUACUUCGUCAUCUGUCGCGGAGAAGAACAAGAAGGUGAAAGGUGAAGAAGGUCUCACGGACGAAGAAGCUUUGUUGGAGCUGGCUAGGAAACAGGGUAUGAACACUGAUGUUCGAAGAGGAGUGUUUGUGGUAUUAAUGACUUCUGAGGAUUACGUGCACGCCUGUGAUCGGUUGAAUGCUUUGAAAUUGAGUGAUGUGCAACAGAGGGAGUUUGUUAGAGUUGCCUUGCAUUGCUGUGGACUGGAGCAAACAUAUAAUCCUUACUAUACCCUCAUCCUGUCCAACCUGUGCUCGAACUCGUACGACCAUCGAUUCACCCUUCAAUACGCUCUCUGGGACUUCAUACGUGAAUUGGAAUCCGGUUCUGGCGAAUCAACCAAACUCAAGAAACAGAAGCAAAAGCAGAGGCAGGAAAAUAUUGCUAAAGCUAUAGGAUAUGUAGUGGGAAGAGGCGGAUUGGAUUUGACAGUAUUCAAAGCAAUCGAUUUUACAUUACUAUCUACACCUCUGCUCGGUUUCCUCGUCACGUUCCUUAUCCACAUGUUCUUAUCUGUACAUACGGUCUCGCCGAUAUUCACAUUACCCAAGUCAUUUGAUUCAAAGUCAGAAUUUGACGAAGAGACUGUCGAAGAGAAGUUUGAGAAGACUUUGUCGAAUACUGAAUUAGCGGGUGGAUGGUUAUAUGUCUUGGAAAGGGGACAGAAGAAGUUUGCCGAGGCUAUACAGGAUUUGCCUGAAAGGGAGAAGGAGGUGGUAAAGAGGGGAUUGGAUAUUGGUAGGAGAGUUUUAGGGAAUGUCUUGUAG